AUGGGUAUAUCGACCAAAGAGUUGGGAGGCGCCAUUAGUCAUGUGGAUGUCCUCCGCUGCUGCCUGGUUCCAGGAGCCCUUCCGCUGUUGUUAGUUGAGCCUGCGAAGUCCGUUGCAAUGUUAAAAACGUUUAAUUGCCCAGCCAGCCUCACUGGUUUGAUCGCGCCCGAAGAGACAACACAUGUUACUUUCGAUGAAUCGGCUGUUUCCCUCCCACAACCGGCCAAGACACACAACUCGGCUUGCAAAAAUGGCGAAGAGGCUCAAAGAGGGGGUGAAGAUGCCUUCGUCACUGAAGGCUCCUGGAUGGGUGUUGCUGAUGGUGUUGGGGGCUGGGCCGGAGAAGGCAUUGAUUCGGGGAUGUAUUCUCGGGAGCUUAUGGGACAUUGUAAGGCAUUGGUUGUAAACAGCAAAGGGAAACCGGACCCCAAGGACGUGCUUGUCAAAGCCGCCGGCAGUACAAAGGCCCAGGGAUCAGCAACGGUCCUUGUGGCUGCAUUGUUUGAGCAAACAUGUACGCAGCAAACUUGGGAGACUUGGGUUCAUCAUAGUUCGCAAUUGGCAAGUAGUUGCAAGCUCGGAGCCCAUGCAGCAUAGUUUUAACUUUCCGUUUCAAGUUGGA